AUGUCGUCCCCCCAUCAUUCUCGACCGCAAAGCUACUCGCAGGGUCUAGUACAUAUGCGACAGGAACUCCCUAUUCAAAACGGCACUUCUGGACAAAUGAAUGCCAGACCAGCCGUCAGUAAUGACCCGAUUUCUGUGAUAAAUGGGCAUGGAGCGCCGCAGACGGACAUGGAGUUGAGGAGAGCUUCAACCAUGUCGGCUGCUACUUCGAGUAACGAGCAGUCAUCUAGUCGAAGGUCUUCGGUGAACCUGCGACCUACCUCAGCUCCGGGAACAGCGGCGGAAUCUUCCCAAGAGGAAUCAGAUGUGGACAAGUCCAAACGCCGACCACGACCUCUUCUCAGAUCAAAAAGUGAUUUUGGACCCAGAAACGAGGAUGCGGGCUCGCAGCAGGAAGAUGAAAGUUGGAAAGAUUGGGGUGCGCGGCAUGGAUUUGAGGACCACUAUGCCUCGGAAGAGUAUGUUUCGCAACUGGCAAAUAAAAGCCUUCACUCUGCGAAGAUGGACCUUCCGGAAGUGGAGGGGCUUUCUGAAUUCAGGAGUGGUAUCAACGAAGACCGCGGCGCAUGGGAGUAUCUUGGGAGAAGACUAUUGAACAUUGUCGAUGAUCAGAGGAACUUGAUUGCUGCUCAAAGACGGCAUGAUGCAUUCAUGCAAUCUCAAAUUUCUUGGACUGCCUUCAAUACAGAUGUUCUAGCUAAUCCGUACAAACAGAAUUGGUACAUGUACUACACCGAUAAAAGACAUGAAACCACCGGGAACCCAAAACCCUUAGGCUACGAACUUCAAGACUGGCGAAUGAAAGAUCGACUUAAAACUGUUUCCGCAGCAUUGGCGAUAUGCUUGAACAUCGGUGUAGAACCACCAGACCAGUUGAAAACCACUCCUGGCGCCAAACUAGAGGCCUGGCAAGAUCCUACUCAACCUCCCGUACAAAAGGCUCUUGAUUUGAUCGGCAAAUCCGUGCAGGCGCAAUACGAGACGCUAGCCAUUCGAACGAGGUACAAACAAUAUUUAGACCCAUCUGUGGAGGAGACGAAGAAAUUUUGUGUAUCACUGCGACGAAAUGCAAAGGAUGAGCGUGUACUCUUCCAUUACAACGGUCACGGUGUACCUAAACCAACCGCAUCCGGAGAAAUCUGGGUUUUCAACAAGAAUUACACACAAUACAUCCCCAUCUCGCUCUACGAUUUGCAAACAUGGCUUGCGGCUCCCACCUUUUUCGUCUGGGACUGCUCGGACGCCGGAAACAUUCUCAGUAAUUUUCACCGGUUUGUGGAAAAGCACGAGCUGGAGGAAGAAGAAGCUCUCAAAAACGACCCGACCUAUCCAGCUGUGAGCUUCAGGCCUUACAUACAUUUGGCAGCUUGUGGCGUGAAAGAGAAUCUGCCAACCAAUCCACGCUUACCGGCCGACGUUUUCACUUCGUGCCUCACCACGCCAAUAGAGAUGGCCCUAUGGUUUUUUGUUUUACAGAAUCCCCUGCAGUCUGAAUUGACUCCCGAGCAGGCCAAAAAGUUGCCAGGGAGGUUGCAAGAGAGACGAACACCACUUGGUGAACUGAACUGGAUCUUCACAGCCAUUACUGAUACGAUUGCCUGGACCACACUCCCGAGACCCCUGUUUCGGAAGUUCUUUAGACAAGACCUUAUGGUUGCCGCUCUUUUUAGGAACUUUCUCUUGUCGCAGAGAAUCAUGGGCGCAUACAAUUGCCAUCCUCAGUCAUAUCCUCCACUCCCCGAUACUCAUCAGCAUCCUCUCUGGGAAAGUUGGGACCUGGCAGUUGAAAUGGCUCUGGCUCAGCUGCCUAUGCUCGAAGCAAAAGAGAAAGGAGAGCUUCCAGAAUAUGAUUAUAUCAAUUCCAGCUUUUUUACAGAGCAGCUGACGGCGUUCGAGGUGUAUCUCACCCAGGGCGCCGUUGAGCAUAAAGCUCCAGACCAACUACCUGUUGUCCUGCAGGUGUUGCUAAGCCAGCAGCAUCGAGUGAGAGCGUUGAUCCUUUUAGGGAAAUUUCUCGACCUUGGUCCUUGGGCUGUCAAUCUUGCGCUUAGCAUAGGAAUAUUUCCUUAUGUCUUGAAAUUAUUGCAGUCAGCCGCGACAGAACUGAAGCCCGUCAUGGUUUUCAUUUGGACUCGCGUAUUAGCUGUCGAUUUGACAUGUCAAACUGACCUACUUAAAGAUUCUGGUUACACUUACUUCGCCAAUAUACUGAAACCAGGCGAGGGUCUUCCCGUCGUAGAUAGUCUGGAGCACAAGGCAAUGUGUGCGUUCAUUCUAGCUAUGCUAUGCAACGGAUACAAACAGGGGCAGAUGGUUUGCAAUCAGUCUGAGAUCAUGUCGCACUGUCUAUUACAUGUGCAGAGUACAGAGAACCCCUUGCUCAGACAAUGGGCCUGUCUGUGUAUCAGCCAGCUCUGGAAUGAUCUUCCUGAGGCAAAGUGGAGGGGAAUUCGAGAGAACGCACCUAUGAAACUUUCGACGUUAGUAAGAGAUGCGUGCUGUGAGGUUCGAGCCGCUAUGCUGUACGCGAUGACCACAUUUUUGGGAAUUCCGGAUCUCACAGACGAGGUUGCCCGAGUUGAAGAAUCCAUAGCCUGGACUGUCAUGGAGAUGGCUUAUGAUGGGAGCGCCAUCGUCCGGAAGGAGCUUUUGGUCUUCUUUUCCAAGUUCAUUCAGCGAUACGAAAGCAAAUUAUUUGUUGCCGCUUAUGAGCACAUGAUUGAGGAAAGAGAGUACCGUAGAUUUCCACCUCAGGAUGAUGGGCAGGAUCACCAGAUGGGUUUACAUUAUAUUCGAAAGGACCAACGAAAUCCCGACGGCUCGAUCAAGGUUGCUGCUCAAGGACUCUCACAUAAUUCUAUCUUUGCGGCGGUCUGGAAGCAUGUUCUGAUCAUGGCUGUCGACCCUCACCCAGAGGUACAACGAGAUGCUCAAAUUGUUGUAGACUAUAUUAAUAGUGCGAUGCUCCAGUCGCCAGUUGGUGGACCGGCGCAGGCACUGAUGGAUGAUAUUGACCGACUACGUUCAAAGACAGUAGCAUCAAACAAGAAAUCUCCGGAUCCAAGACCCAAUACCCCCUUGAGGCAGGAGUCAGUUUCCGGCGCCAAUAUCCAGCAAGGAUUGUUGAAACGGACGGCAAGCUAUCUUUUCACUCUUCCGUCCCUUCCUUUUGUCGGUUCAUCUGAAAGCUCUCCAGACAUAGCAAGUCGGAAUGUGCCAAAGUCGCCAGGUACUCAACGCAGUCCCUUACCCAUACGAUCGCGACUGCCAGCGGAGUUCAACACCCCACCGGAACAGAAUGAUACUACUACAACUCCUGGCACGUAUCACGCAGCUAAUGAACCAAGUUCGGGUGGAUUUCAACCCCGGAAAAUGUCUAUACCAGCUAUCAUUCCCUUACGCAGUAAUUUCCUGGAGUACGCCGUAGAGUACUUCCGUGAACCUCAAAUGAAGCCAACUGAAGCCGAAGAGCCAGGUAGCACAGACUACAACGAGAGACUAUGGCGUCGAUCCCGCAAUGAAGCUAUCCUACGGGAGACACAACCGCAGAAAGAUAUUGCUGGCAAUGGGAAAUGGACCAAUCCAUCUGGAUUCUUCAACAACCAAAGUCAGCCCUCAAAAAUGAUCUUACAUCAGUUCGAGGACCAUCUUGCUGUUUCAGACGAUCGAGAUACCAUUUGUGUUUGGGAUUGGAAAAAGCAAGACAGGUUGUGCCGAUUCUCUAACGGUAAUCCAGAGGGUUCUAAGAUCAGUGAUUUACAAUUUAUUAAUGAGGACGACCAAGCACUUCUGCUCACCGGUUCUUCUGAUGGUGUCGUCAGAAUCUAUCGAAAUUAUGACUCGGAUAAGAAGGUUGAGGUAGCGGCGGCAUGGCGCGCUUUGACUGAUCUUGUGCCGAGUAACGUAAAUUCGGGCAUGGUUUCAAACUGGCAGCAAGUCAAUGGCAGGCUUCUGGUAGCUGGUGAUGUCAAAGUUAUCAGAGUUUGGUCAGCCUCGCCAGAGUUGUGUAUCAUGGACAUUCCAGCUCGGUCGGGAUCCUGUGUCACUUCUCUCACGUCCGAUCAAAUGACCGGCAAUGUUUUCGUGGCUGGGUUUGGGGAUGGCGCCAUUCGAGUCUUUGAUGUACGCCAUAAACCUCAAGAAGCCAUGGUCAAGAAAUGGAAGGAUGACUCGGACAAAGUAUGGAUUAAAAGCGUGCACAUGCAGCGAGGAGGCCAAAGAGAACUCCUGUCAGCCAGCAGAAAUGGAAAUGUCAAAUUGUGGGACAUUAGAAUGGAUAAACCUCUACGUACAAUCCAUACAACCAGUGACACUCUGAGGACGGCGAGCACUCAUGAACACCUUCCUGUCUUUGCUGUCGGCACGGGUAACCAUACCGUAAAGGUUUACAACUUCGAAGGCAGAGUGCUGUCACGAGUCGAGCCAUACUCUAGCUUUUUGCAUCAAGCUCGCCAGUCCGCAAUAUCUGCCACAGCAUUCCACCCUCAUCGAAUGAUGCUGGCUUGUGCCGCUAGGGGAGACAACCACAUAAAUCUAUUCACGUGUGCCGAGAAGAGAAGUGUUAAUACAAUACACGAUUACUGA